AAAUAGAACAAGAAGAAGAAUAGAGUUCACGCCAGCAGUGCAUUUCUUUCGAUUGUUGAAUUUUCUUUCCUCAUUUUUUCCGUCUUAAAUUCCGAUUUUAUCAUGUGUCCGCGUAUUAAUCGAUAGAAGAGUGGUGUGAUAAAGUGAUCAAGUGCAAAGAGCUUUGUGAAAAAAACCAGGAAAAUGUCGAUAUAUGAGCUAUAUGUGAAGGGUGCACGUGUCUGGAUACCCAACCAGGAGAAUGUUUGGGAGAAGGCAAGUCUCCUGAGAGACUUCAAUCGGGGUGACAAGAGUGUUCACCUUGAAGUGGAGGCAGAUCUGCAGAAACGAGAAAUCCCAGUGAAAAGUGAAAAGAAUUUGCCUCCACUUCGAAAUCCUCCCAUUCUCAUUGGUCAGAAUGACCUCACAGCCCUCUCAUACCUCCAUGAGCCGGAUGUCCUGUACAAUCUUCAGGUGCGCUUCUGUGAACGCCAGAAGAUCUACACAUACUGCGGAAUCAUCCUCGUGGCCAUAAAUCCCUACAAAGAAAUGGCUCUGUAUGGGCAGGAUCUCAUCCGAGCCUACAGGGGGCACUCAAUGGGGGAGCUGGAGCCCCACAUCUUUGCUAUUGCCGAAGAGGCUUACACAAAAUUGGAACGUGAGAACUGCAAUCAGAGUAUAAUAGUGAGUGGCGAAUCUGGUGCGGGAAAGACAGUAUCGGCCAAAUAUGCUAUGAGAUACUUUGCCGCUGUGGGCGGAAGUGAGUCUGAGACGCAGAUUGAGCGUAAAGUUCUCGCCAGCAGUCCCAUAAUGGAGGCGAUUGGAAAUGCUAAAACCACUCGGAAUGACAACAGUUCGAGGUUUGGCAAAUUCACCAAACUUCUCUUCACCAGCGACAUUGGGGGUAGGUCCCUGAUAGGAGCUACAAUGCAAACUUAUUUGCUGGAGAAGUCAAGAGUGGUUUUUCAGGCAGCUGGAGAGAGAAAUUAUCACAUUUUCUAUCAAUUGUGCGCAGCUAGAGACAAGUGGCCAGAAUUAAUGCUUGAUCAUCAGGACAAAUUUUUAUACUUAAACCAAGGAGAAUCUCCGGAUAUUGCAAAAGUGUCGGAUGUCAAUCAGUUCGCUGAGACAGUUGCAGCCCUGCAGACACUGGGAUUCCGUCAGGAUGAGAUAAAUGAUGUGAUGAAGAUCCUAGCGGGAAUUCUGCAUCUGGGAAAUGUCAAAUUUCUACCCAAAUAUCUCCCAGACUCCCAGGAAGUGGACAACGAAGGAUGCUCAACAGCUGCCGAUGAUCUCCACUUAGGAAUCCUCAGUGAAUUGCUCAAGUUGAACUUCAGUGGACUCAGGAAGUGGCUGACAAUGAGACAAAUUGAAAGUGUUAAUGAACUUGUGGAGAUUCCGAUAAAUCGUGAAGCAGCUGAAGCAGCCAGAGAUGCUCUGGCUAAGCAUAUUUAUGCAAAACUCUUCCAGUAUAUUGUGGAAGUGAUUAAUAAAAGUCUCGUGAGCGAGUCACAGGAACACUCAUUUAUUGGUGUCCUGGAUAUUUAUGGCUUUGAGACAUUCGAUGUGAAUUCUUUCGAACAAUUUUGCAUCAAUUACGCCAACGAGAAGUUGCAGCAGCAAUUCAAUCAGCACGUGUUCAAAUUGGAACAGGAAGAGUAUCUCAAGGAGGGUAUCAAAUGGGAAAUGAUCGAUUUCUAUGACAAUCAGCCAUGCAUUGAUUUGAUAGAGUCAAAAUUAGGUGUCCUGGAUCUUCUGGAUGAGGAAUGUAAAAUGCCACGGGGUAGCGAUGAAUCGUGGGUUGGGAAGUUGUCUGAGAAAUGUGCCAAGUACAAACAUUUUGGGAAAACACGAUUUGGCUCAGCUGGCUUUGUCGUUGAACAUUUUUCUGAUCGUGUGGAGUACACAGCUCAUGGAUUCCUGGAGAAGAAUCGUGAUACCGUGUCCAAGGAACUUGUAAACAUUUUCCGAGAAUCCCGUAUGGGUUUGUGCCAUCAUCUAAUGGAUCUGGAUGGAGUGGAUGGAGAGAAAAAGCCAAGUCAAUCGGGCACAAGGGUCGUCGUGAGUGCCUCGAGAGUUCAGCAAUCAGGAGAAGCCAGGAAAAGACUGACACCUUCGAAGCAGCACAAGCAAACGGUGGGAUCGCAGUUCAGGGAGAGUUUGACCCUCCUGAUAAAUACCCUGCACUCAACGACGCCGCAUUACGUGCGAUGCAUCAAACCCAAUGAAGACAAGAAGGCCUUCAAUUGGGAACCGGCAAAAAUAGUACAGCAACUACGUGCUUGUGGUGUUCUCGAGACAGUUCGCAUCUCUGCAGCUGGUUUUCCAUCGCGUUGGACCUAUGAGGACUUUUAUGCGCGGUAUCGUUUGCUCGGUCGUCGUGUGCAUUUGGUGGAUUGGAAUGUGAAGGCAACGUGUACAAAUAUUGUGAAAACGUGGAUUCAGGAUGAGGAUCAAUACAGAUAUGGGCAUACACAGAUUUUCUUUAGGGCUGGUCAAGUGGCCUUUUUGGAGCAGACACGAUCAGAUGUGCGCCGGAAGUAUAUUAUCAAGGUGCAAUCUUUUGUGAGGAGAUUCAUCUACAGGCGGCGAUAUGUGAAGAUCAAGCGAUCGGUAUUGCUCAUUCAGACUUAUUCACGGGGAUAUUUGGCUAGGGUGAGAGCUGAGGGGAUUCGAAGGGAGAGGGCGGCAAUUAAGCUGCAGAGAUAUGUUCGAGGAUGGAUCUGUAGGAGGAAGUAUCUGCGAUUGCGUCGUGCGGCUCUGGGACUGCAAACGUACGGAAGGGGAAUGUUGGCUAGGGAGCGGUAUAGAAUCAAGUUGGAUAAUUUCAAAGCAACUGAAAUUCAGCGAUUCUGUCGUGGGUAUCUGGCUAGAAGGAGAUUUGCCCUCAAGAGGCAGCGAAUUGUUCUGUGUCAGGCGGCAAUUAGGGCUUUCCUGGCUAGAAAAUUGUACAAGAGGAUGAAGGCAGAAGCUAGAACUGUUGCUCAUAUUCAGAUGAGAUACAAAGGGUUGGAGAAUAAAAUUAUUUCCAUGCAACAGAAGAUGGAUGAGAUCAACAAGGAGAAUUUGGCACUGAAGGUAAAGGUAUCGGAGAUUCCGGAACUGAAGCAGAAAGUUGAAGUGGCUAAGGCGAUGGAAAAUGAAGUUAAGGCACUUAGAGCAGCAUUAGCUGAACGAGAUAGUGCUCUGGAGGUGAUGAAGAAGGAAUUGGAUAGGGAGAGGGAUGAAAAGAUGGCCAUUGUUGAGGAGAAGGCAACAGAUGAGACCAAAUGGAAUGAACAGAGAGCAUCAUGGAGGAGAGAAAAUGAAGAACUAAAGAUGCAAGUUGAGGAAAUGGUUGAGAUGGCCAAGAAGGAAGAUUCAACAGUGAUUAGAGCGCGAUUACUCUCAGAAGUGGAUACCAAUGAAGUUCAUCAGGCAUUCCAGAAGACUGUCAAGGAUAAAGAUACCCUGGAAACGGAGAAUUAUCUACUAAAGGAGGAAAUUAAUCGUUUGCAGCGUCUCGUGGAGAAUCCCAAUUACUACAGAAGUCAUUCGAGGUCAAUCAGCAAUGCUUCGAGUCAGAAUGAGGAAGACUUUGGCUAUAUGUCCGGAAAGAAUACCCUGGAGAUCCGAAAGGAAGCAACUUCAACACCGAAAAGGAGUGACGUUAGAAAUACGGAGACAGCGAUGACUCCGACAGCAGGAAGUUCUCCGACAGCUUUGAUUUUGCGGCUGAGGAAGUUGGUGGAGGAGGAAAAGCAUCGUGGAGAGAUGCUGCACCAGAAACUGAUGAGGAUUGAGAGUAAGAAUAGCAAGACGCCAGCUUCCACGGAAGAUUCCAUCAAAAUAUCCGAGUUGGAGAUGGAGAAUGAGAAACUACGGCAGGAUUAUCAGUUGCUGAGGAAUAGUAUCAACAGAGGAGUGGAACAGAAGGAGCUAGAAGCUCAGUAUGAUGCUCUCCAGGAGGAAUUGAAGCGUCGCAGAGAUGAAUGCGUGCAGCUGAAAGUGGUUCUAGCUGAGCAGAGUCAGAGUUUGAGGACUCUCGGAGGGACAGCAAUGCGCAAUGGAGCAGAUAGAGUUCAGGAUGGAAAUGAGUUAAUUGAGGCUUUCCAAGCGCAAAAGCUCGUCAAUCGGCAACUUGAGUCAGAAUUGACAGCCCUGACCGAGGAGAAUAAUGCAAAGCUGGCGGAACUAUCACAGCAAAAUGAUGAGCUGAAGAGUGAGAAGAAUAAAUUGCAGGCCAUUGUGGAGGAAGCUCUGGCGAGUGGAGAUAUUGGGGACAGUCAGAGUUUGAUCUUCCUGAAGCAUGAACUGGAAAAAACGGUGGUAGAUUACGUCGAACAGAAGGAGAUAAUCAAUGAGAUGACGAGGAAACUCAGUGAACUAAAGAAGAUCAAUGGGAUCCUCAGUGCGAGGCUGAGAGAGAAUGGAAUAAGUGAUGCCCUAGAACUGACUGAAGAUGCGUCAGAAAAUCUGGUAACGGUAAAGAGGAAGGCUCAAGUUUACCAGGGAAUUUUCAAAUAUCGCGCAGAAGACGAAGGGAAGAUCAUUCAGAGACUAACAGCAGAUUUUAAACCUCGCACAGCUAUCACGUUGCUUCCUGGACUACCAGCUUACAUCAUCUUGAUGUGUAUUAGAUACACAGAUCUCAUUAAUUCAGAUCAGCAUGUCCGGACACUUCUCACGAAUUUCGUGGUGCAAGUGAGGAAGCUGUAUGUAUCGAGAACUCCAACGGACAAUAGAGUCCUCUGGUUGACGAAUAUGCUCAAAUUGCACAAUCUCCUGAAGCAAUAUGGAGGCAUUGAUGAAUACAUUCGGCUCAAUACAGAUGCUCAAAAUCAACAACAACUGAAGAAUUUCGAUCUUUCGGAAUAUCGUCAAGUGAUCUAUGAGAAAAUUAUCAGUUUCUAUGAACAUCUCGUGCGUCAAGUUCAGGAUCUCAUAAAACCCGUCAUUGUCCCGGCCAUUCUCGAUCACGAUGAAAUGGCACGGGGAAAGAGUAGUAGAUCACGCACAGUUUCCCUUGACAUGGCGUCUCCUCCUGGUCAAGGUACCGAACCCAAAUCCCUCGUGGAUCAACUUGAUCACUACUACAAGCAAUUCCGUUUCUUCGGUCUGGAUGACUGCUAUAUCGAGCAAGUGCUCAAGCAACUGAUGUAUUACAUUUGUGCCAUUGCCCUCAAUAAUCUCAUGCUGCGGCAAGAGCUUUGCAUGUGGAUCACGGGCAUGAAGAUACGCUACAAUGUGGGAUGCAUUGAGACUUGGGCGAGGGAGAAUAAACUCCCAAAGGAAAUUCUAACGCCUCUUCAACCACUGAUCCAAGUAUCUUCACUUCUGCAGAGUCGCAAAUCUGAGGAAGAUGUGCAAACUAUCUACGAUCUCUGUUCUUGCUUGACUUCGGCCCAAGUGCUAAAGAUCAUCAAAUCGUAUACGUUGGAUGAUUGUGAGAACCCAAUCAAACCCAUUUUUAUUGAGAAACUCACGAAAAAACUUCAGGAGAGGGAAAAGAAUUCGGGUGAAAAUACAACAUUCACAACUGACGAGAAUUUUGUUCAUCCUCUGGUUGUAGUCUACAAACACUGUGAAAUUCGUUUGGAAGAAAUUGACUUGCCACCCAUUCUCAAUUUGGAUGGACUCCUGACCAAAAUUUAAGGAGGUAAAAGGACAAUGGAAGUACUUAGAUUUAUUACCUAACAUUCCUAGAUUUGCUUUAACAAAAAAAUAUAUAUCAAAUAAGCCUGAGACGAUUUCCUUAAAUAUUCAACGAGAAAGUAUUUAAUCAUUUUUCUCUGCAUUUAGUUUUUAUUAAAAAAAAAGACAAGAAAAGACAACAAAUAACAUUCCCUCUUGCACCUAAAAUAUUUUGUAGAGGCAGAGAAUUUGUGGGAAAAGAAGUAUUUACUACAAGUAGAAAGAGAGAAUAUUUAAUGUGCAAUAGAUAAUAAUAUUGCAAUAGAGUUGGAAGAAGAUGGUAGAAAAAAAAAUUGUAUAUUUACAUUUAGAAGAAUGCAACUUAAACUGUGUUACAAUUGUGAGAAAAUAUACUAAUGAGAGAUGUUUGAGGAAGAAUAUUUAGCAUAUUUAGCUGAAGACAAAAGUAUUUAUUCACUGUGUUAGAAUUUAAAGAAAAGUAUUCAUGCUAUUUACACUGUUGGAUGAUGGAGAAGUAGCUGAUGGAUUUAUUCGCCAUGUUUUGAGGCGCAGGGAACAGCUGUAUUGUUCAAAAAAAAAUUAUAAUAAUCUAGAGUUGUUAUCUGUUAAACCUUUCAGUGAAAAAGGUUAAAAGAAAAAUUGUAAAAUAUUCCCUAAUUUAAGAUAAAUUUGCAGGAAUAUAAUUUAUUGCUAGCGAUAUUGAGUUCUAAAAUGAAUUUAUCACAAAAGAGUUGCCAGGACAGCAAUUAAAUUGUUUUCCCUUAUUAUUUUUUUUUCUUUGAGAAAAAAAAUUGUAUAGAACUAAUUUAUUUAAGAUUGAACUUUUCUUCCUCUUUAGUGCAAAGAAGACACAAAAACGAAACAUUUACAAUAAAAAAACACUGAAUAUUGAAAUCCAUUUAA